AUGGAGACGGCACAAGAUCACGCGAAGAAGAGAAAGAGAAAACACAAGAGCUCCGAAGGGAAGAACGCAAAGUCUCAGCAACAGAGCAUAGAAGCCGACCCGCAGCGCGCAGAGACGCCUACCAAGAAGCAAAAGAUCGAUCAAGAUGAGGAUGAGGCUGAAGCAGUUGAGAAUGACGGUCAACAGAUAGAGAACGGCGUCGAGCCGUCUGCAGAGGUGCCGGCUCUCCCAUCCGCGGACACAAUGGCUCUCCCCACGCAGCAGGCCGUGUCGGACAAGUUUAGCGACCUCUCUCUCUCUGAACCGACAGUUAAGGCGAUCGCCGGCAUGGGCUUCACCACGAUGACUGAGAUACAGCAACGGGGGAUCCCGCCUUCGUUGGCUGGUAGGGAUAUUCUGGGUGCUGCGAAGACAGGGUCGGGGAAGACGCUGGCCUUCUUGAUCCCCGCCGUGGAGAUAUUGCGGUCAUUGAAGUUUAAGCCUAGGAACGGUAUGAUUUUCCAGCUGGGUACUGGCGCGCUCAUCAUCACACCCACCCGAGAACUGGCCCUGCAGAUCUUUGGCGUUGCGAGAGAGCUGAUGGAACACCACUCACAGACGUACGGAGUGGUCAUUGGAGGCGCAAAUAGGAGAGCUGAAGCGGAAAAGCUGAAUAAGGGUGUCAAUGUCCUGAUCGGGACUCCCGGUCGACUGUUGGACCAUCUCCGGUCCACUGAAGGUUUCGUGUUUAAGAAUUUAAAGACGCUUGUCAUUGACGAGGCAGAUAGAAUUCUCGAGGUAGGGUUUGAAGAUGAAUUACGACAGAUCAUUUCUAUUCUCCCCAAAGACGACAGACAGACCAUGCUCUUCUCGGCCACCCAGACUACCAAAGUCGAGGACCUUGCCCGCAUCUCCCUCAAACCAGGUCCUCUCUACAUCAAUGUCGACCACAAAAAGGAGCACAGCACAGUAGACGGCGUGGAGCAAGGGUUCAUCAUCUGCGAAGCUCACAAGCGGUUCCUCCUCCUUUUCUCUUUCCUGAAGAAGAAUGCCAAAAAGAAGAUUAUCGUCUUCUUUUCAAGCUGUAACUCUGUCAAGUACUACUCGGAGCUGCUGAACUAUAUCGAUCUGCCGGUGCUGAGCUUACACGGUAAGCUGAAGCAGCAGAAGCGAACCAAUACGUUCUUCGAAUUCUGUAACUCUGCCCAGGGCACACUUAUCUGUACCGAUGUCGCUGCAAGGGGUUUGGAUAUUCCAGCAGUCGAUUAUAUUGUACAGCUUGAUCCGCCGGACGAUCCAAGAGACUAUAUCCACAGAGUCGGUCGAACGGCCCGAGGUAAGGGCAAGGUCGGACGAAGCUUGAUGUUCCUCCAGCCGUCGGAAGUCGGCUUCAUCAAUCACCUCCGUGAAGCUCGAGUUCCCGUGGUCGAAUUCGAAUUCCCUACAAAACACAUUAUCAACAUCCAGUCUCAAUUGGAAAAGCUUAUCAGCCAAAACUACUACUUAAACCAGUCCGCCAAAGAAGGAUACCGUUCGUACCUCCACGCCUACGCCUCGCACUCUCUCCGCUCUGUGUUUGAUGUCAACAAGCUUGACCUGGUCAAGGUGGCCAAGAGCUACGGCUUUGUCACUCCGCCUCGAGUUGACAUCACGCUGGGGGCGAGCAUGAGCAGAGACAAGAAGGUCCAGGCCAGAAGGACAUAUGGAAGCCAGCCAAAGGGCGCGAGGUUCAAGCGGAAGCAUGACGGUGACCAUUGA